AGACUACCUGGUGAUCUACCUCUCGACUUCCCAUCUAUCGAUUGGGACAAACUCGAGGUCAAGUAUCUGAAUGUCGACUAUUUGCCCUAUGUAAGGUCUCUACUACCAACUCUAGCUGAUCAACAAGAGAAGAUCAAGAUUACUGUCCAGGAAUACGUCGAUGCUUGGCAACAAAAGCAAGCAGAUCUACGUGAACGUUCUAUUAGGGAAUCUCCACAAGACUACAGGUUGGAACUCUACGACUUGGUUUAUAUUAGCGAGACAAGUGACUCUGCUAUUGGUCGACACCUGAGCUCCACAUGGAGAGGUCCUCUAACUGUCGUUCGACUUGCUGGCACUGCUAUGGCAUACCUGUUCGAAGGUAUACUCCUACCGAGUGAUUACGGUGGGAAACUACGUGUUUCGGACGACGGUAACUCUAUAGAGAAUGGUCCGGAGUAUUCUAAGCUGGUCUAUGCUUCUCUCAAGAACUUGGUACCGGCUAGAGCCUUACAAUCUCUCAUCUAUGACCACUAUGAAAAGGGUACUAGAGUCUAUCAGGAUACCAACGGUGACCUUGUGACCAUGCCUGCUAGUACUGAUGGCACUGAUCAGUCUAAAAUCACCCUACGCCGAGCCAAACAGCUAGUUGCUGGUAAGUUCUCAUCUAGCUCUAAUGACCUCGUUCGGGAAGAUUGUCCACCAUUUCCGCAUAGUGAAGAACUCCCACUGUCUCCGAGGUCUAAUGGUUCGGCCGGUUCUAUCGAUUGUCAGAUUCAACAGCAGUCGAAGCCUCUAGUUCGGUGCAGCCGCCAGAAGUUCUAG